ACUAACUCCAUUUCAUUGACUCUCUCUCUGUCUCUCUCUCUCUCCUCAAUCUCUCUCCAUUACACCAUUAGACCAUUGUAGUGUGGAGCCCAAAACGGGACCUUUGCUUUGCUGGCUUCAAGCUCUCUAUUGUUGCCUCUUUAUGGGUCUUGUCUGCUUACCCUCAUAUACAUAGCAAGAGAGAGUAUUUGUAACCUUUUCUUAUUAGUUUCUGCCAUUUUUAUUCGCUUAGUUCUGUAACAAUCUCGUCUUUAUUAUCUUCACUGGAAGAACCCACCAAAGAAAUCACAACCCUCCUCGGUUUCUUUAUCUUUAGUUGAUUGAUCCAUAGAUCUAAUGCUUUGAUGAUUCCCAGAUGAAGGUUUCCCUUUUUAGAUCCUUCUCCGCUCAUCAACUGUGAUAAAUUUGUCAAAUUGUUUGUAAAGGGCCAUAAACUUUCACAACUGGGGUAUUUGGGGCAGUAUUGUUUUGAAUGGUUAUUAGAUGAGGAGAUUUCAGAGGAUUGUCUGGAUGAGAUGAGGGAUGUUAGAGGGGUUGAUGAACUUUUUGAGGGCCUGUUUUCGGCCAAGGUCCGAUCGAUAUGUUCACACGAAUUCAGACUCUGUGGGUCGCCAAGAUGGACUGUUGUGGUACAAAGAUUCAGGACAUCACAUGAAUGGUGAAUUCUCAAUGGCUGUGGUGCAGGCCAACAAUUUACUUGAGGAUCAAAGCCAGUUAGAGUCUGGCAGUUUGAGUUCUCAUGAGUCUGGACCAUAUGGUACCUUUGUUGGUGUUUAUGAUGGGCAUGGAGGGCCUGAGACAUCACGCUAUAUCACGGAUCACCUCUUUCAACAUCUGAAGAGGUUUACAUCAGAGCAGCAGUCAAUGUCAGUGGAUGUGAUACGGAAGGCAUAUCAAGCAACAGAAGAAGGUUUUACGUCUGUUGUUUCUAGGCAGUGGCUUAUGAAACCGCAAAUAGCAGCAGUUGGAUCAUGCUGCCUGAUUGGUGUUAUCUGUAAUGGAACUCUAUAUAUCGCAAACGUUGGCGAUUCACGUGCUGUUCUAGGGAGAGUUAUGAAGGCAACAGGAGAGGUGCUGGCCAUGCAACUCUCUGCAGAGCACAAUGCAUGUAUAGAGUCCGUGAGACAGGAGUUGCAGUCUUUACACCCUGAUGACAGGCAGAUUGUAGUUUUGAAGCAUAAUGUAUGGCGUGUAAAGGGCCUUAUACAGGUUUCUAGAUCUAUUGGUGAUGUAUAUUUGAAAAAGCCUGAGUUUAACAGAGAGCCUUUAUAUUCUAAGUUCCGCCUUCGUGAACCUAUGAGAAGGCCGAUAUUGAGCGCAGAACCAUCGAUUUCAGUGCACCCGCUGCAGCCCCAUGAUCAGUUUGUGAUAUUUGCAUCUGAUGGGCUUUGGGAACACCUAACGAAUCAGGAAGCAGUUGAUAUAGUUCAAAAUCAUCCACGCAAUGGAAGUGCAAGGAGGUUGGUGAAAGUUGCUCUGCAAGAAGCAGCAAAGAAAAGAGAAAUGAGGUAUUCGGACCUUAAGAAGAUUGAUCGUGGCGUCCGCCGCCAUUUCCACGACGACAUCACUGUAAUAGUUGUGUUUCUUGACUUGAAUCACGUGAGUAGGGCUAGCUCCGUCAGGUCCCCAAAUAUAUCAGUGAGAGGGAGUGGAAUCAACCUACCCUCUAACACAUUGGCUCCUUGCACGACACCAACUGAAGCUGGCGGUACCUGAUGAAUAUGUAUCUCAUGUUUUCAUAUGUUGUAUCAUUCUCUUGUGUGAAUACCAGGUAGCUUCCGGGAGAUAAUGAGGAGCAAGCCUUCAAUUCUUUAAUGUAUACUGUAACUUUUACCUGAAGACUAAUACUUGCAUUUAGCUACUUUGCCAAAUACUUUAAAGGAACUGGGAGAAGAGGAGUAUAAAUUGACAGUUAUUAUAGUUACUUCAUUGGGACAUUCUCUUCCAUGUUUCACUGUUUUUUUCCCCUUCUGUUGGAUCUUCCGCGAUCGGUUGUAAAGUUUACUUAGCAAAUUAAGUUUUUCUUCUUUUUUUCUUUUAUGAUAA